AUGCGAGGACACGACAUGCAAGAGGAUGCGCUGACAGGGUACUCGAUCGCUGCAAGACCGGACGUCAUUGUUCACUGUGCGGCCGAACGAUUUCCAGACAAGGUAGACAAGGAUCCCGAGGGUGCGAGAGCGCUCAACGUGGCGGCCAGCCGGAGGCUCGCCAAGCUCUCGGCAGGGCGCGACAUAAUUCUCAUCUACAUCUCCACCGACUACGUCUUUCCUGGCCCGCCUGGUGAGGCACCUUAUGAAGCGGAUGGAGUUCCGAAACCGACAAAUUUGUACGGCCAGACGAAGCUUGACGGUGAGCGAGCAGUGCUGGAAGCAUACGAUGAAGCAGGAAAAAAAGGCUCCGCCGUCGUCCUCCGCAUUCCUGUCGUGUAUGGGCACGCGCAGACGCCGGCCGAGAGUGCGGUGAACACGCUCUUCGAAACGGUGUGGGAAGCCCAGAAAGCGGGUGCCAAAGUCAGCAUGGACGACUGGGCAAUUCGCUACCCGACGAAUACCGAAGACAUUGGACGCGUGUGCCGCGAUGUGGCAGUCAAAUAUGUCGAAACGACAGACCGAGAAGUGCUGCCGACGAUCCUUCACUUCUCAAGCGAAGACAAGAUGACAAAGUAUGAGAUCUGCCAACGAUUCGGCGAGAUCAUGGGUCUGCCGACGACGAACAUCGUACCCAACAGGGCGGGCAACGACCCCAAGGCUACUGUCCAGAGGCCGUUCGAUUGUCACCUGAGCACUCGAGGGCUUCGGGAGCUGGGCAUCGACGUCUCGACGUGCGACUUUACCGCGUGGUGGCGGAGGGAAGUCGGUGCCUUUCGAAACGGUGCCAUAUUCAGCGAGCACAUGCAGAAGCUGUUUCAUGCUGGCACAGAUGUGGCAACUGCCUGGGAGAUCUUGCCUUGUACUCUGGAAAGCCACUAUGAGCAUAUCGUAGGCGUGCAUGCGAAUCUUGUCCAGGACUCUGGGAUGGCUACUACGAGCACGCAGUAG